UCUUUCACUACCCAAUUUACCCAAAUCUUCAAUCUUUUCAUUACCCAGAUCUGCAAGUUGAUUGUGUUUGUGGAGUUUAGAAGAAAAAGUCUCAGGUGGGUUUCAAAAUCCAGUGUUUGUUGAUGUCUGAUAUCGGUGAAGGUAACUGUGUGUUGCUGCUAGUCUGAAUGCACAUGCUUCCAAGUUAUUGAUAGACCCACAGUUCUUUAUUGAACGUAUGAGUGUUUUGAAUGAGGCUUUGAUGAUGGUGUAGUUUGGAGUUGGGUUUUUCAUUUUCUUAGCUCAAAUUGUGUGUUCUUGGCGGAUAUUGAGUUGGUCUUGUUUGGCCAUUAGAAACUGUUGAUGGAGAGCUUUAGGCUGUUUCUUGUGGUGUUAGUCUUUGUGUUUUCAAAGACUUGUGAAGCUCAAUCAAAGUCUUUUUUGAUAAACUGUGGUUCAAAUUCUAGUGUCACUGUGAGUGGUAGGAGAUGGGUUGGUGAUUCAUCCCCUAACAACAACAUUACUCUCAGUUCCACUGGAAUUGCUGCUUCUACUGAUAUCAAUGGUGUUGAUGCUUCGACAUAUGGAGAGCUCUAUAAAACAGCUCGAAUGUUCAGUAGUAGCUUGAACUACACAUUCCAAGGUGUUAGGGGAGACUAUUUUGUUAGGCUGCAUUUCAGUCCUUUUUCAUUUAAGGAUUACAAUGUAAAUGUGUCUUCAUUUGGAGUUGUGGCAAAUGGUCUGAAACUGGUUGAGAAAUUCGAGGUUCCGGGUGAGAUAUCACAGAAGAAUGCCUUCCUGCAGAGUGCAGGAAGUAAUUUGACUUCUUCAUUAGUCAAGGAGUAUGUUUUGGCCAUCAAUAGGGAUGCACUAGUCAUUGAGCUCAUUCCAGAUAAGGAGAAAUUCGGGUUUAUUAAUGCAAUCGAAAUUGUUCCAGCUGUAGGUGAGCUCUUUGCAGGAUCAGCUAGUAAAGUGGGCGGAAAUGGUGCAAAUGUGAAUGUACGCUGGCAGGGGAUCGAAACUAUGUACAGGUUGAAUGUUGGUGGUUCUGAAGUUAGUCCUAGUCAGGAUUCAGGUCUUUGGAGAAAAUGGGAGGUGGAUACUAGCUACAUGAUCACAGCUAAUGCCGGGUUAGAGAUCAAAAACAGUUCCAACAUCACCUAUUCAUCUGUCAACGAUUCCUCACUGGCUCCUCUUUUAGUCUAUGAGAGUGCAAGAACUAUGUCCAACAAUGAAGUUUUGGAGAAAAGGUUCAACAUGUCAUGGAAAUUUGAAGUGGAUCCUGAUUUCGAUUACUUGAUCCGGUUACAUUUCUGUGAGCUAGUUUUUGACAAGGCAAACCAGAGAAUAUUCAGAGUCUACAUAAACAACAGGACUGCGGCAGAUAAUUUCAAUGUGUUUAUCCGAGCAGGAGGGAUGAACAAAGCAUAUCAUCAGGAUUUCUUUGAUGUGGUGUCUUCAAAGGUUAAGACAUUGUGGAUUCAGUUGGGACCUGACACUGCUGUUGGGGCUGCAGGAACUGAUGCUCUUUUGAAUGGCCUGGAGAUUUUCAAGAUCAGCCGGAACGGGAAGCUUGCUUAUGUGGACAACUAUGAGUCGAAUGCCAACUCAUCUAAAGCAAGUUCGAAGAAUGCAAUUCUUUGGGGGUCAAUUGGAGCUGGUGUAGCUUCUGUUGUCAUUCUAGCCACUCUAGUUUUUUGCUUCUGUACACGCGAAAAUGGAAAAUCAAGUGACUCCAAGACCAACCCCCCUGGAUGGAGGCCAUUGUUCCUUGUAAACAGCACUGUCAAUGCCAAGGGAUCAGCAGGAAGCAAAAAUCAGCAUGGUUCUGUGGUCUCUACUAGAGUUGGCAAGCGGUUCUUGUUACCUGAGAUCCGUGCAGCAACUAAUAAUUUUGAUGAAAGUCUAGUGAUUGGAGUUGGAGGCUUUGGAAAGGUCUACAAGGGUGAGAUUGAGGAUGGCACUCUUGUAGCAAUUAAGCGGUCCAACCCCCAAUCCCAGCAAGGCCUGGCUGAAUUCGAGACGGAGAUUGAGAUGCUCUCAAAGCUCAGGCAUAGGCAUUUGGUGUCCUUGAUUGGUUUCUGUGAUGAGCAGAAUGAGAUGAUAUUGGUUUAUGAGUACAUGGCAAAUGGGACUCUCAGAAGUCAUCUCUUUGGAAGUGAACUACCACCGUUGACAUGGAAGCAACGUGUCGAAGCAUGCAUUGGUGCUGCUCGAGGACUACAUUACCUUCAUACUGGAGCAGAUAGGGGGAUAAUCCACAGGGAUGUUAAGACAACCAACAUACUGCUAGAUGAGAACUUUGUAGCAAAGAUGUCUGACUUUGGACUGUCGAAAACUGGUCCUGCUUUGGACCAUACCCAUGUUAGUACUGCAGUAAAAGGAAGCUUUGGAUAUCUAGACCCUGAGUAUUUUCGAAAACAGCAGUUGACAGAGAAAUCGGAUGUCUACUCUUUUGGUGUAGUAUUGUUUGAGGCUGUUUGUUCUCGGCCAGUUAUCAACCCAACCUUGCCAAAAGAUCAGAUCAAUCUUGCAGAAUGGGCAAUGAGAUGGCAAAGACAGAGGUCGCUUGAAACCAUCAUUGAUCCCAAUCUUGAAGGAAACUACUGUCCUGAGUCCUUGAAGAAGUUUGGGGACAUAGCAGAGAAAUGCCUUGCUGAUGAAGGGAAGAGCCGGCCAACUAUGGGGGAAGUUUUGUGGCACUUGGAGUAUGUCUUGCAACUCCACGAAGCAUGGAUCCGGAAAAAUGCAGGAGAAUAUUCUUUCACAAGUAGUCAGGGAUUUGGUGGUUUAGCUGUGGAUGAAGCAGAAGAGAUGGAAGCUACCAGUUUUGAUGAAGAGGCUGGCUGCAGUAGAGAGUCUACUAGUAGAGGGUUAAAUGAAUCUACUGCAGAAGGGGUUGAGAUGGUGAGGAAGUGAAAUGUGUUCAUUAUAUUGCAUUACAGAUUCUUUCAAAUUUGUUUUACUUAAUUCAAUCGAUAUGAACAUUAAGUUGCUGUUGCAAUAUACUGUAGGUUUCAACUCAUUCAUUGUCAGAUAAUCCUC